AUGCCGCCACCACAGUGGCCUGUCCCCCGCCCCCGGCCCGAUGGCACUUGCAGCCUGGAUCGCAUGGCCCUGAGUGUGCGGGCCGAGCACAGGGAGCCCCAGAUGCUCCACGGCCCGUUGCAUUUCUCGCAGCUCCAGUACCUGCAGCUGGGCCCCAGCCGCGGCCAGUACUACGGCGGUUCCCUGCCCAACGUCAACCAGCUCGGCAGUGGCAGCGCGGACCUGCCCUUCCAGACUCCCUUCCAGUCCACGGGCUUGGACACCAGUCGGACCACCCGGCACCAUGGGCUGGUAGACAGAGUGUGCCGGGAGCGCGGCCGGCUCGGCUCCCCGCACCGCCGGCCCCUGUCGGUGGAUAAGCAUGGGCGGCAGGUGGACAGCUGCCCUUACGGCACCGUGUACCUCUCCCCGCCCGCAGACAGCAGCUGGAGAAGGACCAAUUCUGACUCCGCCCUGCACCAGAGCGCAAUGACACCCACCCCGACAGACUCCUUCACGGGUGGCUCCCAGGAUGCCCACCAGAAAAGAGUUUUACUACUGACGGUCCCGGGGAUGGAGGAGGCCCCAUCAGACGCGGACAAAAGCCUUUCAAAGCAAGCAUGGGACACAAAGAAGACGGGGUCUAGGCCCAAGUCCUGCGAGGUUCCUGGAAUCAACAUCUUCCCGUCCACCGACCAGGGAGCCACCACCACCCUGAUCCCUGCCACCCACAACACGGGGGGCUCGCUGCCCGACCUGACCAACAUCCACUUCCCCUCGCCGCUGCCCACGCCACUGGACCCCGAGGAGCCCCCCUUCCCCGCCCUGAGCAGUUCCAGCAGCACCGGCAAUCUGGCAGCCAACCUGACGCACCUGGGCCUCAGUGGUGCCCCCCAGGGUAAGGGCGGCAGGGGACACCGGCAGCAGCAGCAGCCGCCCCCGUCCCCAGGGGGCCCCCUGAUGCCCAGCACCAGCCUGCCACGCGGCCCACAGCUGCCCCCACUGCCAGUCACCCUGCCGUCUUCACUGCCCCCGUCCCCCGCCGAGAGCCCCGGCCAGCCGCCCCUGGGGAUCGAUGUUGCAUCCGCCCCGUCCCUGCAGCAGUAUCGCACGAGCGCCGGCUCUCCUGCCACCCAGUCUCCCACCUCGCCCGUCUCCAACCAAGGCUUCUCCCCUGGGAGCUCCCCGCAGCACACUUCCACCCUGGGCAGCGUCUUUGGGGACUCCUAUUAUGAGCAGCAGAUGGCAGCUAGGCAAGCCAAUGCCCUGUCCCAUCAGUUGGAGCAGUUCAACAUGGUGGAAGGUGCCAUCAGCUCCAGCAGCCUGUACAGCCCGGGCUCCACGCUCAGCUACUCACAGGCUGCCAUGAUGGGGCUCACGGGCAGCCACGGCAGCCUGCCGGACACCGCACCUCUGGGGUACCCGAGCCACGGGGGCAUCCCCAACAUCAUCCUCACAGUGACUGGCGAGUCCCCACCCAGCCUCUCAAAAGAACUGACCAACUCGCUGGCCGGGGUUGGUGAUGUCAGCUUCGACGCCGACGCCCAGUUCCCCCUGGACGAGCUCAAGAUUGACCCCCUGACCCUGGACGGGCUGCACAUGCUGAACGACCCCGACAUGGUCCUGGCCGACCCAGCCACCGAGGACACCUUCCGGAUGGACCGCCUCUGAGCAGCCGCCGCCACCAUCGCCGCGUCCACGCCGCGGUCAGUGGUCCCCACAGCGCCGCCACGCACUGGCCGAGCUUGUAUUCUGAGCUUGCCAUGCUGCCAAGCGCCCCCCACCCGCCCGCCCGCCCGAUGCCUCCUGGUCGUCACCCACUCGCUUGUCCCAGCGUGAGGCUGCCGGCCGGGCUGGGUGGGGGUUGGAGGCCUGAGCCGCCAGCUCAAGGCCACCUUCUGGUUGUCCCUGCCCGCUCGCCUGGGCCGUCCGCUUGGCACUGGGUGGGGGUCGGAGGCUGAGCCCCCUGCCUGCCGCCCGCCCCUGCGCACUCUCGUUGCCCGCUACCCCCCUUGCCUGGGGCGAGAGUGUGUCCGUCUCAGUAGCAGAAGCAUGUGAUGGGGCCGCUGGCCUGGGCACCUCGAGGUGCCCCUUCCGACUGUUGUCCAGCUCUCACUGCCUCCCGCCGCCCCGCCCUCCACCACCCCAGGGAGCCGGCACCAGAGGGGACCCGGGCCCAGAGCAAAAUAAACACUAUUUUGACCGC